CAGGCAGAGAGAAACCAGGCAAAAAACCACUCUCGACUCGCCGUCACUCACUUCUCCCCGUUCCCUCCUUAAAGAAAAUGGCCGUUACAAGCGCCGUCAGGGAUACCGCCACCGCCGCCGGCACAAUUGAGAUCCAAAACAGCCGCAACCACAACAACAAGCUGGCCGAUUUCGAACCACCCGUCAAACCCAAACGUAACAAGUAUGCCUUCGCUUGUGCGAUUCUGGCCUCCAUGACUUCCAUCCUGCUCGGCUACGAUAUUGGAGUGAUGAGUGGGGCGGCGAUUUUCAUAAAGGACCAAUUCAAGAUCUCGGACACACAAGUCGAGGUGCUGGUCGGGAUGCUGAACAUAUACUCCUUGGUCGGCUCCGCCGCCGCCGGGAGGACUUCCGACUGGAUUGGGCGCCGGUACACCAUCGUCGUUGCCGGAGCGAUUUUCUUCGUCGGAGCUCUGCUGAUGGGAUUGGCUCCAAACUAUGCCUUCCUUAUGGUCGGCCGAUUCGUCGCCGGCGUCGGCGUCGGGUACGCUCUCAUGAUCGCCCCUGUCUACACCGCCGAAGUCUCCCCUGCUUCUUCCCGUGGCUUCCUCACGUCUUUCCCUGAAGUUUUCAUAAACGCCGGAAUUCUACUCGGCUACGUGUCCAACUACGCCUUCUCCAAGCUCCCGGACCACAUCGGCUGGCGCAUGAUGCUCGGCGUCGGCGCAAUCCCCUCCGUCUUCCUCGCCGUCGGCGUCCUCGCCAUGCCGGAAUCCCCACGCUGGCUGGUUCUACAAGGCCGCCUCGGCGACGCCAAGCGCGUCCUCGACAAGACCUCCGACUCCCCGGAAGAAUCCCAAUCGCGCCUCUCCGACAUCAAAUCCGCAGCUGGAAUCCCUGAAAAUUGCAACGACGACGUCGUUGCCGUCGCCGACAAAAAAUCCCACGGCGAAGGCGUCUGGAAGGAGCUCCUCCUCCGCCCCACACCCACCGUCCGCCACAUUUUAAUCUGCGCCAUCGGAAUCCACUUCUUCCAGCAAGCCUCCGGCAUCGACGCCGUCGUUCUGUACAGCCCGAGAAUCUUCGAGAAGGCCGGAAUCACGUCGAAGGACAAGAAGCUCCUCGCGACGAUCGCCGUCGGGUUCACGAAAACCGUCUUCAUCCUCGUCGCCACUUUCCUGCUCGACCGGAUCGGGCGGCGGCCGCUGCUGCUCAGCAGCGUCGGCGGAAUGGUCGCCUCUCUAAUAACCCUAGGGUGGAGCCUGGAAGUAAUCAACCACCAGGCCCAGGCCCAGAAUUGGGCCGUGAGCCUGUGCAUCACCAUGGUCCUGGCCUACGUGGGCUUUUUUUCGAUCGGGAUGGGCCCGAUCACGUGGGUCUACAGCUCGGAGAUCUUCCCGCUCCGGCUGCGGGCCCAGGGGACGAGCAUGGGCGUGGCGGUCAACAGGGUGGUCAGCGGCGUGAUUUCGACGACGUUCAUUUCGUUGUACAAGGGUUUGACGAUCAGCGGCGCGUUCUUCUUGUUCGCCGGAAUCGCCACCGUGGCGUUCGUGUUCUUCUUCCUGUGUUACCCGGAGACGCAGGGGAGGACGCUGGAGGACAUGGAGAUUCUGUUUGGUAGUUUCAUUGGGUGGAGGGCUUUGAAGGUGGAGAGGUUGAGGGAGAGAGAGGCCCAAAAUGGGCGUGAAGUGGAAUUGUUGGAUAGUAGGAAGUAACUAGAAGAUGGUGUAAUGGUUAAUGUGUGUGGUUGUGGUGUUUGGGAGUGUAGUUAAUAAAAAUGAGCUGGAAACAUGGAAAAAUUAGUGGGUGUUCCUUCUUCUAUAGAUGACAUGACACAUGUUAAGCUUAAUAUCGGCCAGAAUCGUUAAUAUCAAUAAAUAAUAAUUCAAACAGGUGGAAGACAUUAAGAUUCGAUCCUUUUGCACAAGAAACGUGAAUACAAA